UUUUUUUGGAAAAUCAUUUCACAGGGAAAGGGAAUGACAACUGAACCCGGUCGCCCCUUUCGGCCUUUCCUUUACCGGGAUUCAUGCGUCCGAAGAACAACCGAUCAAAAAAUCCCUCUCGGACCUCGAGCUCCGCGCCGCAAUCCAGUUGAGAAGCUUAGAGCAACUCCACCACCAGAUUGAGAAACUUGACCCUCCACGCGUGCUAUCGGAUUUGGAUUUGUAUAUCCUCCGCCGAGGUAUGAGACAGGAGGCGGCAAACAGCAUAGUGGUGACCCAGGAGGACGCCCUGCACCACCGCGAGGAGCUGCAGCCGCCCCCCUGCCGCCAGGACGAUCCGCCAGCACCGGCUGCGUCGCUCUCAUGGCCGUCGUCACUGUCGGAGGGCGAGCCGGCGUCCGCGGCAGCGGGGGAGGAGCUGUUGUUGGUACCACCACUCAACUUCGCCAUGGUGGACCACGGCGUGUACCGCUCCGGAUUCCCGGACGUCUCCAAUCUUCCGUUCCUUGAGACCCUCCGACUCCGCUCCGUCCUGUGUCUGUGCCCGGAGCCGUAUCCGGAGGCGAACCUGGAGUUCCUCCGUGCCCACGGGAUCAAGCUCUUCCAGUUUGGAAUCGACGGCUCCAAGAGUAGCUGUCAACACAGAAUGGCUGUCACACUCAUGGCUUUGAUGCUGGCAGUGGCUAAUGUUCGCCAAAUCUUCCCUCUUGUACUUCAUAUAGUGCCUUCUAAGCACAAUUUAUUAAAAGAUAUAGACAUAUGUCUUGUCCAAACUGAGCUUCUGUCCUGACCAGCACUUUUGCCUGAAACCAUCUAUCCAUUAAGUUUCGCAUCGAAUAAAAUCUUGUUGAUAUAUUUGGUUUAGUUAGUGGGAUUUGCUAGACCACACUUUGUCACAUGCUCUUGUGGGAUAAAUGAAUAAUUUUCCUUGUAAAUACAGCAAAAGAAAUAAAAAACAACACAUGUGCAAACAAGAUACUAUGCCAUACAUAGGCCUAGUUUAGAAACUCCAACCCCCUCGGGAUCUCAGACUUUUCCGGACAUGCCAUUCUAAUGAGCCGCUUAAUUCUCCAGAGGGGCCUUUGCAUCCCUGAUUUUGCCUCACCCUUACUUCCAAACUAGGCCUUAUUCAAUUUGAGAAUAUAUUUAUGUCCAAAGCGUCUUGAUUUUUGCUAAAAUGUAGUGGUUAGAUGUGUAAAAUUUACACUGGGGUAUUUUAAAUACUGUGUACAAAUCCAUUUUAGUCACCUGAUCUGUCGCAACAAUCAUUGUAAACCCCAUUUCCUGAGAAUUCAUCUACCUCCUGUCCAAAUAAUAAAAGAACUGCCGCAUAUGACUCCUUUGGUUCUCUCCAAUUCAGGGAAUGCACCAAGAACCCUAAGGUUUGAGAAGUAUGUGGGCAUGGUGUACUUUGCGAUUUUUUAUUUUUGCUACUGUCUACAGUUGUGGAUUCACCAAGAAACCAUGAAAGUAUAGGUUUAAAACUUAAGAUGCUUGGACAAGAAUGGUUUUCUAUGUUUAGAACAUUAUUGAUUCCCAAUCUGAUUAUUGCAAGCAGAAGUGAUGUUAUUUUAUUAUGAAUUCUUUUUCAAUUUUACGCUUGGAGUUUUCUAACAUAACAACAAAAAUAUCAUAGCACCUUCCUCUCAUCCGUAUAUUGGAGAUAUUUAUUAUGAUUUUGUAUUGCCCAAGACAUUGCAUCGGAGAUUUGUGUAUUUUUGUUGGUUAGUGCAAUGGGGAUUAAACCCUUUGUUGCAACAUACUCCUUCCGUCCCAAAAUAAGUGCCCUUCUCAUUUUCCGAGGUGUCAAACACUUUUAACUUCGAGUAAAUAUAUAUGAGAAAAUAUCAAUAGAAAUAUUAAUAUUUAUAGUACAUAAUUAGUAUCAUUAGAUAGAUUGUUGAAUCUGUUUUCAUAGUAAUGCUAAUGUUUUUCUACAAACCUAAUCAAACUUUUCUUAUGUUAACUUUGAAAGUACAUAAGUUUUCAAGUAUAUUUUUCCUGCUCUUCUGCAAAGUGAAUUGAAAGGCAAGGAAGGUGGACAUCUGCUUCCAGAAGAACUAGGACUAGUUUGUUUAUUUGUGCUAUAUCUCGGGAGAAACAUGUUCUAUGGCUUGCAUUUGGCAGUGUGGUUAUUUCGAAAUCUGGUUUCAAAAGUUGGAAUUAUUUCUAUCAUGACAAAAAGAUAGGAAGCAGUCUUAGCUGGCACCUAGCAUUGCCUGAAGACUGCUGUCUUAGCUGGCACGUAGCGUUACCUGACCGUGGUUAAUUAAGCACUAAUGAUCUUAGUUUGAGAUUGCCUAAAUCUUUGUAGGACAUAUUAAGCAAGCUCUUGUGGUGGCAACUGUUAUUAGUAUUGUUUAAUACAAGAGUUUUAAGUGUCAAAAUUGGAAUAAUAUCAGAAUUGGGCUUUUGAAGUGUUUCUAUGUAUUAUGAUGAUGGCAGUGUAAAAUGAUACCUUUGUAGUUUUACUUUUGGUUAAUAUCAUGUAAUUGAUCAUUAUUUGCUUGUAUCAUAACAUCAUGUUGUUAGUUAAUUUUGCCUUGUUUUUCACGAAAUGGCACCUUUCUCAUAUCCUAUAGCUUAG